AUGGGGCUUCAGUGGUGGAAGAAUUUCAGCACGCAGCACCCUGUAAUCUAUGGCACAUUGGCUGCUGUAGCGCGCGCCAUUAGGCCGUAUCUGCCGCCUAUCAACUACAUCACCCUGCACUAUGCCUACUUCAUCGGCACUACGAUCUUGGCCACCCUCAUAUUCUGGGGCUCUUCGGUCCCGCGUUAUAGCAUCGGCUGGUGGGAUAGUAUGUUCAUGGUCAUGUCGGCGAUUACCACCACGGGUCUCAAUACGGUCAAUCUCAGUCAAUUGACGACAUUCCAGCAAGUUGAAUUGUGCGUGUUGAUGAUAAUAGGGAGUCAAGUACUGAUUUCCUAUGUCACAAUCGCAUUUCGGCAACACAUCUUCGAGAAGCGCUUUGAAGAUAUCGUGAAGAUGGAACGAGAAAAAAGAAAAAAGAAGAUGUCAGGAACCGGAGCCGUGGUUGGCAUGACGGGUGCUAUGUUCGGUUUGCAGGUGAUGUCUUCCUUCGGAAAGGGAAAACCGCCAAGCAAGCCCCGGCUCUCCGAGAAUAUUAAUGCCUUGGCAUCAUCAACCGAAAAGACGGAGGAUUCGUCCGCUCCGGAGACCCAGGUAGGAGGUAUGAGGAGUCAACACCCACAUGUUGGUUUCCUCGAACCCGUUCGAGAAGGAAAAUCCCUUGAACUUCAAUCGGCGACAACUGGGCAUUCAAUCUAUCAGACUCAAUCCCACCAAACCGGACAAACAAGAAGAAGGCGUCAAUCAACAGAAUCGAGGACAGCAGGUGAAGGAUUCAACGUACAAACAUUCCUGAAUGAACAGAAGCGCAACAUUGGAAGAAAUGGACAGUUCUUCAAUUUGACAGAGGACCAACGAGAAUAUCUUGGUGGUGUCGAAUAUCGCGCCCUCAAAUUUCUCUCCAUUUUCGUCAUCAGCUACUUUGUACUCUGCCAAUUUUUCGGCGCCAUCGCCCUUGGCGCCUGGAUGUCCGUUCACGCAACCGCAACCGCAGCCGUCAACACACAAAAUCCAUGGUGGGCGGGCAUCUUCCUCGCCAUCUCUGCAUAUAAUAACGCCGGUUUUACCCUAUUAGAUGCGGGAUUCGUACCCUUCCAGUCUUCCUAUUUCCUUCUUACUGUCGUUACCCUGCUAUCGCUGGCGGGUCCAGCCGCUUUCCCUGUUUUUAUGCGAUUUAUAAUAUGGAUUAUGUCAUGCCUCCUGAACCUCUUUUCUAAAGACCCCGAUUACGGCCCUUGGAAGGAGAGUUUUGAUUUUAUCCUGAAAUUUCCUCGUCGUGUAUACACGAGUAUGUUUCCUGCUAAGGACACUUGGACGUUUGCAGCAACAUUUGGGAGUUUCGUGAUAGCGGAUUGGUUCUUGAUUUUAAUCCUCAGCAUUGGCAAUCCAACCAUGGAAGCUAUACCCCUUGGCCAGAGAAUUUUUGACGCCCUUUUCCAAGGUUUCUCGAUUCCUUCGGGAGGAUAUGCCAUCGUCUCGCCAUCAUCCGUGUACUUCGAUGUUCAAGUACUUUGGCUAGUCGUGUACUACACAGCGGCUUACCCCAAUAUUAUCACCAUGCGAAACUCCAACGUCUACGAAGAACGAUCCCUAGGCAUAUACGAGGGCGACCAAACGGAAGAGGAGCAACUCCACUCCGCAAGCAGCAGUAUCUACGAUGUUGAUGCUGACAUCCAGCCCGAACCUGGGCUUCCACGAACCACCACUAAUAACAGGAAGAACUGGGAUGCUGUUUCGCGCGCACCCUCUACCGUAUCGAUUAAGGGACUUUACGCAGUCGGUCGACGAGGCACAGCAUUUGUGGGCCGUCAAAUUCAAGGACGUAUGGCAGCUUUCCAAGGUGUUGGUGUUGCAGCUGCAGCACCAACGCAAGCACCGAUCAAGCCCCUUCGACGAGCACAAACCAUGGACUUCGGACAAGUCUCACUCCAUUCUCUCCACGAUCACCCACAAACAACUGCCCCGCCGAGUCUCGUAUCACAACAGGUGCGGGGUCAACUCAGCCACGACGUAUGGUUUAUCGCACUGAUGUUGUUCACCAUCACACUCAUCGAGACAGCGCAUUCACUCACCGACCCAGCGACGUACAGCGUCUUCAACAUCCUAUUUGAGAUCGUCUCGGGAUACACCAACAUUGGCAUCAGUAUUGGCCUGCCCGAUCAGAGCUAUUGUUUCAGCGGGGGUAUGUACACCGGAAGUAAAAUCCUCAUGAUUCUGGUGAUGCUGCGAGGGCGUCACAGGGGUUUGCCUGUCGCUUUAGAUCGUGCUGUGCGAUUACCUGGGAAGAAGCUUGCGGAAGAGGAGGAGGAAGACGCUGAGAUACGGAGUAUGUCUGCUUUCUCGCAUUGA